UGCGGAGGACGCGGGUCGGAGGGUCCGCGCGGCCCCGGGCCCCCUCGCAGCCCCGAGUCGCGCCCACCCACACGCGGGCGCCAGGUGAGCGGGCGCCGCCCCGCAGCCGGAUUCGCGCGCGGAGCUGGGUCUCGCGACGCUGCCCGCGGCGCCGGAACCUCCGGUCCUCCAGAGGGCGCUGCCCGGCCCGGCCCGCUGCCCGGCCUUCCGAGCCGGCAGCCCCGGGCGGACUUGCGGGAGCCCGGGAGCCUGGAGUCCGAGCCGGCCGGCGCGCGACCCGCCCUGCCCCCGGGGGAGGCGCGGCGGCGGCGGUGCGGGUGGAGGCCGUGCGGUUCCCGCGGCCAAAGCCGCGCAGGGAAGCGAGCCACCAUGUUCAACCAGCUCCAGCAGCAGCAGCUCCAGCAGCAGCUCCAGCAGCAGCAGCAGCAGUUGCUGCAGCUCCAGCAGCUGCUCCAGCAGCCCCCACCUCAGGCCCCCCUGCCCAUGGCCAUGAGCAGGGGGCUCCCCCAGCAGCAGCCACAGCAGCAGCUUCUGAACCUCCAGGGCACCAACGCGGCCUCCCUCCUCAGCGGCUCCGUGCUGCUACAGCGAGCUUUGCUUCUGCAGCAGCUGCAAGGUAACCUUCGCAGCUACAACCUGGCCACCCCGAACCUGACAGCCCCCAGCCUCACACCCCCCCAGAUGGCCACCCCAAAUCUACAGCAGUAUUUUCCCCAGGCCACUCAGCAGUCCCUGCUGGGCCCCCCUCCUGUCAGGGUCCCCAUAAACCCCUCCAAGCUCAUCCUUGCAGGGCGGAACCCACAGAAACAGUCCCGGACCACCCCUGAUCGCAAGGACUCUUCUUCUCAGACGAUGCCUGUGGGAGACGAGGCAGACCCCCCAGAGGGGUCUGAGGACGCUGCGGAGCCCCGAACGGACACACCAGACCAGGAUUCCCCUCCCUGCCCAGAUGACGUUGCUAAGGAGACUUGCACUUCGGCACCUGAGCCAGAGUCCUGCGAAGCGCCUGGGCCACCAGCUAAAAGGUCAAAGAGCUCAGAGAAGGCCACAGAAAAGGGACCCCCAGAGCAGCUGCAGGCGAAGGUCCAGCCACAGGCCCGGAGGACAGCGCCGAAGCAGACGCAGACACCCGAGCUGCUGCCCGAGCCACUGGAAGCCCCAGUGCGGCCACGAUCCCAGCCACGGGUCCUGCAGAUCCAGGCCCAGGUGCAGCCGCCGCAGCAGAAGCAGGCACAGACACAGACCUCCCCAGAGCACGUAAUGCCGCCGCAGGCACAGCCGGAGGCAGAGCCGCCGACGCAGGCGCAGCCACAGCUGCAGGAGCAGGCACAGACCCAGACAUGUCCACAGGUCCAGGCAGGAACACAGCCGCGGGCCCAGCCAGGGGAGCGGCCACCAGAGCAACCUCCGGCGCAGUUGCCAGUGCAGCCACCCGACCAGACCCAGGGGCAGCCUGCGACGCAGCCACAAGUGCCGGCAUCAGAGCAAGCACCAGUUCCGGCUGCUUCCCCUCUGCAGGAGGCACCGCCCAGUGCAGUAGAAGCUGAAGCAGGCCUGGAGGAGGCCUCACCGGAGCCGGUGGCGGCCCAGGUCAGCAUGGAGGAGAGCCAGGAGGAGCUGACCGGUGGCCUGGAUGUGGGAGAAUGUGAAAAAAGAGCAAGAGAGAUGCUCAGGGUGUGGGGUGCCGGGGGCUCCCUGAAGGUCACCAUCCUGCAGAGCAGUGACAGCCGGGCCUUUAGCACUGUAUCCCUCGCGCCGGGGCCACCUUCCAGCGACUCCGCCUCCGCCACCCCUGCUGCCGCCAGCGUGCCCUCCAAGCAGGCGCUGCAGUUCUUCUGCUACAUCUGCAGGGCCAGCUGCUGCAGCCAGCAGGAAUUCCAGGACCACAUGUUGGGGGCCCAGCACCAGCAGCGGCUCGGGGAGAUUGAGCACAUGAGCCAAGCCUGCCUCCUGUCCCUGCUGCCCGUGCCCCGGGAUGUCCUGGAGAGACAGGACGAAGAGCCGCCUCUGAGGCGCUGGUGCCACACCUGCCGGGUCUACUAUACGGGGGACCUGAUCCAGCACCGCAGGACGCAGGACCACAAGAUGGCCAAACAGUCCCUGCGACCUUUCUGCACCGUUUGCAGCCGCUACUUCAGGACCCCCCGCAAGUUUGUGGAGCACGUGAAGUCCCAGGGGCACAAGGACAAAGCCAAGGAGAUGAAGAUGUUCGAGAAGGAGAUAGCUGGCCAGGAUGAGGACCACUUCAUCACGGUGGAUGCCGUGGGCUGCUUUGAGGACGAUGAAGAUGAGGAGGAGGAGGAGGAGAAUGAGGAAGAGAUGGAGGUUGAGGAGGAACUCUGCAAGCAGGUGAGGUCCAGAGGGAUAGCCAUAGAGGAGUGGAAAGACCCAGAGACCCACAGCUCCAACACUGCACAUGGUGUGGACUUCAUGGUGCCGGUGAUGGGCUACGUCUGCCGCAUCUGCCAGAAGUUCUACCACGGCAGCUCGGGGGCAAAGCUCUCCCACUGCAAGUCCUCGGGCCACUUGGAGAACCUGCAGAAAUACAAGAAGGCCCAGGACCCCAGCCCUGCCGCCAGGCCCGUGAGCCGCCGGUGUGCCAUCACUGCCCGCAACGCCCUGACUGCUCUGUUCACCUCCAGCGGCCGCUCACACAUCCAGCCCAGCCUCCAGGACACAGCCAAACCCCCCAGCAAGGUGACGACCCAAGCUCCCCAGCCCCCGCCAUUCCGGCGCUCAGCCCGCCUCAAAUCCUGAUCGGAGCUCCCCCAGCCACCUGGGGCGGGUCCGGAUCUGUGCUUCCUGGGGGUCUGCAUGGAAGCUUGAUAUGGUUGGUGUUUUUACCCAGAAACCCAAUAAAAGAAGGUAGCUUGGUUGUCUAGUCC